UUUUAAAACCGAAACAGAAAAAAACCGAACUGAAGCCCGAAACUGCCACCCCUACUCUGCUCUUCUCUUCCAACCGGCGACCCCGCCGCCGUCUCCACGCAUCUUUGCAUAUUUAAUACCCCAUAAAAAAGUGAUAGAUAAAGAAACACAAAGAACCCCUACUUUAUUAUUCUAUCUUUGAUGUUAAGAGUUUCGAGAAUGAAAUCGCUUCUGAACGCAACACUUGCUAAACCCGCAGCUUUCUGCACCAAUUUGCAGGGAAGCGUUGUUGCCCAAAGAAGCUUCAACCUCACUAGCCCUUUUCAGACCCCUAGUUUCAUUCGAACCAAGAUUGCAGUUUCUCUAUUUGGGGUUUCAGCUGCUUCAGAACGUAAUCAAGUUCGGAGCUUGCGAACCAAGGCCUCACUGCCGGAACCCGGGGAGAUUCAUGUGAUUGUGGGGCCUAUGUUUGCUGGGAAAACCACCACUCUUCUGGAAAGGAUCAAGGCCGAGAGCGGCAAUGGCAGAAAUGUUGCGAUUAUAAAGUCAGACAAGGAUACUAGAUAUGGAUUGGACUCUAUUGUGACACAUGAUGGAGAGAGAAUGCCAUGCUGGCCUUUGGCAAAUCUAUCAUCAUUCAAACUAAAAAUUGGUUCCGGAGCAUAUGAUAAGUUGGAGGUGAUUGGCAUUGAUGAGGCUCAAUUCUUUACGGAUCUAUAUGAGUUCUGCUGUGAAGCCGCUGAUCAUGAUGGCAAAACUGUAAUUGUUUCUGGGUUGGAUGGGGACUACUUGAGAAGGAGCUUUGGCUCUGUGCUAGAUAUAAUUCCAAUUGCUGAUACCGUAACCAAGUUAACAGCUCGAUGCGAACUUUGUGGGAAGUGUGCACACUUUACGCUUAGGAAGACCGAGGAGACGAGAACAGAAAUAAUAGGUGGGGCAGAUGUGUAUAUGCCUGUAUGCCGGAAGCACUAUGUGAGUGGCCAAGGGUUGAAAAAAGCCGCUAGAGAUGUCCUGGAAUCUCAGCAGCAGGUCGAACGCAUUCAAUUUUGCGACACUGCUGAUGCUAUAGCGUGAUCUGUAGUUAGUCGUUGAUCAGCUCAGGUGUAUCCACAACUGACCUAUUAGUUCACUUCUGUGGGAUUUUUAGCGUUACCAUGUUUGUAAUAUCUUUGGAAAAAUUGUACUUUUCGUCCUAAGUUAUAAGAUAAUUGUAGGUUUCGUCCUUACUUUUU